CCCUCCAAGCUGGACCAGGAGGUGCGUGUCCGGCCCAGGAUGGGAGCCCCAGACCAGGGAGGGGCAGAGACUGCCCGAGGCCUGGGCCAGCCACUGGGCUAGGACUGGGUUCCUGCAGGAAGGAUGAAGAAUUGUCUUUAAGGAUGAUGACUCCGUGCAGAAAAGGCCCGUCAACUCAUCUUCGCCUGACGCUGGGCCCACAGCACCUCUCAAACCCCACACCACUCUCACUGCCUAGCCUGUGUCCUACCUCUUCUCUGAGCUCUCUCCUCAUUCUACUGUUCCCCAGGAUAGGAACUUGGCCAGAAACAGACAGUAUCCCCUUUCUGUCUGGUGACAGUGUUUCUCUCCCUACUGUUACCUGCGCUCAGGCCCAUCCAACCAUCAUCAUCCCCAGCCUGACGCACUUUCCCACCCUCUUCCUUCACCCUGGGGACCCUGUGCCUCUCCAUCCUACCCACAACCUCUUUUGUCUUGGUUUCCUGGUCAUGACGGCCUCCCUGCCCCCUCCCACCCCCACUCUCCCACCAUCCUCCCAACCAUCCCGGCACCCUCCUUCCUAAUCUUGGGAGGCAUCUCGUCUGGCUGAACUGGAGAAUUCUGGGAUCUAGGCCAUACUCUUUAGCAGACAGCCCCAUCCUGGGGAGGAGGAGCAGGACACAGCCUGAGGAAGAACUGGCGGGGAGGGGGUGAUGGGAACAAGGUCAGGCCAGGAGGCCCCUGAGGACGGACUGUGGGGAGAGUGGGACUGAGGGGAAAGCAAAGGAACUAGAGCCAGGGCCAAAGGAAGAGGGGGGCCAGCGGGAGGUAUUUGCGGGGGAGGUUCAGCAGCUGUCUUUCCUAAGACAGGGACACAUGGGCCUGGUUAUUCCUCUUGUCACAUGUGGAGUGGUAGGAGAUGGAAGAGGGAGAAAGACCAGGCAGGCAAAGAGGGCACUGGCACAGAGAUAAGUGGGCUUAGCCAUCGGAGCCACUGGGCCCCAACAGAGUGGUACCUGAGCACAGCUUAAUCCAGCACAGGCACCCCCUCAGCUUGAAGGCCUCUCAAACUGUCCAAACUGCUUCCUGGUAACACUGACCCCUGACAGGCGACACCCACAUUCCCACUUGCAAAGGGGGCAUAAGACAUGACCCCCAGAGGGUUAUUGGCGAGAAAAGCAGGAAAGCAAGAGUCCUAGUAGAUUUUAGCAGCAGGUGUGGUGUCCAGGGAAAAGAAAUUUGGACAGCCAGGAAUUGAGAGACCCACCAUUCUAGAGCCAGACCUCCGUGCCUCUUCCUCAGGGACAAAAGUGUCCUGCCAGAAUCCUCCUGGAAAAAACCUGUUUCCCUCCCAUCUUCUCCCCCAACCAGGUCCCAGAUUUCCCAUCUCCUAGGGAAAGACAGAUCCCCCGUUCAAAUCCUCUGUGUGGUGUGCGUGGGUGGAGGAUCCGGGGCUCCGCUAGUGAACCAUGGUCCAGGCAGGGGCUCCAGGUCCUGCGCGGGUGGGAGGAGAAGGCGUCACUUCCGGGGGCCAUUGCCAGUGUCUAGUGGCUCCCUGCUCUCUGAUUGGGCAGAAGUGGCCCCGGGCAGGCUUGUGACCCCACUGCCCUGGAGGGGCUAUGCCCCAGCGCCACCUGUUUUCCUACCCAUCUGCUCCCCAGAGUGCCGCCUGCUCCGCACCUGGGUCCUGGAGCCCUUCUCCACCCGCUCUCGGCAGGGGGCAGGGGCACCAGAGCCACCUCAGACAUCCUGAGGAACCCUGACAAAGAGGAGAUGCCGUACGCUACCUUCACAAGAUGAUGUGGGAGCAGUCCGAGCUUUAGCAGUUCUAGGCUGGAUAGAUUCUAGACCCUCCUCCUUGGCCCACCUGUGCCCCACCUGUGCCCCACCCCACUCUGCCCAGAAGUGCAAGAGCCCAAGCCGCCUCCAUGGCCCCAGGACGGAUUCAGGGGAGAGGCCCCAUACAGGGAGCCACUCCAACCACACAGCCUGGCCAGAAUGGAGCUGACUGAAUUGCUCCUCGUGGUCAUGCCUCUCCUAACUGCAAGACUAACACUGUCCAGCCCGGCUCCUCCUGCCUGUGACCCCCGACUCCUAAAUAAACUGCUUCGUGACUCCCAUGUCCUUCACAGCAGACUGAGCCAGUGCCCAGACGUUAACCCUUUGUCCACACCCGUCCUGCUGCCUGCUGUGGACUUCAGCUUGGGAGAAUGGAAAACCCAGACAGAACAGACCAAGGCACAGGACGUUCUGGGAGCCUCGACCCUUCUGCUGGAGGCAGUGAUGGCAGCGCGGGGACAACUGGGACCCACUUGCCUCUCAUCCCUACUGGUGCAGCUUUCUGGACAGGUCCGCCUCCUCCUUGGGGCCCUGCAGGGCCUCCUAGGAACCCAGCUUUCUGCGCAGGGCAGGACCACAGCUCACAAGGAUCCCAGUGCCAUCUUCCUGAGCUUCCAACGACUGCUCCGAGGAAAGGUGCGUUUCCUGCUGCUUGUAGUGGGACCCACCCUCUGUGCCAAGCGGGCCCCACCUACCACAGCUAUCCCGGGGAACACCUCUCCAUUUCUCAUACUGAACAAGCUCCCAAACAGGACUUCUGGAUUGUUGGAGACAAACUCCAGUGUCUCAGCCAGAACUACUGGCUCUGGACUUCUGAACAGGCUGCAGGGAUUCAGAGCCAAGAUUCCUGGUCUGCUGAACCAAACCUCCAGGUCCCUAGACCAAAUCCCUGGACACCUGAACAGGACACAUGGACCUCUGAGUGGAAUUCACGGACUCUUUCCUGGACCCACACCCAGGGCCCUAAGAGCCCCGGAUAUUCCUCCGGAAACUUCAGACAUGGACUCCCUGUCACCCUACCUCCAGCCUGGAGAGUCUCCUUCCCCAGCCCAUCCUCCUCCUGGACAGUACACACUCUUCUCUCCUUCACCCACCUUGCCCAUCCCCACGGUCCAGCUCCAACCCAUGCUUCCUGACCCCUCUGCUAUCACACCCAACUCUACCAGUCAUCUUCUAGUUGCAGCCCACUCUCACUUCCGGAAUCUGUCUCAGGAAGAGUAAGGUACUCCGGCACUGCCGACAUCAGCAUCGCCUCCCAAGUACAAUCCCCUUACUCGGAGGAGAGGCCCUGGGAGACAACUGCAGCUAUACAGGCAUACCUCAUUUUAUUGUGCUUCAUUUUAUUAUGCUUUACAGAUACUGCAUUUUUUACAAAUUGAAGGUUUGUGGCAACCCUGUGUUGUCAGAUGAUGGUUAGCAUUUUUUAGCAAUAAAGUAUUUUUGAAUGAAGGUAUGUACAUUGCUUUUUU